AUGCUGCGGCGGCUGCACACGCGCAUCGUGGGGAUGGGCUCCGUCUGCGGCAUGGCCCCAUCGCCGCCAGCGGAGGUGUUUCUCAAGACCCUCCCGCCACCGGAGGAGGUGGACCACGCAAAGUACCGGCGGUUUGAGCGGGAGGAGCGGGAACGCCAGCAGCCCGCACGCAUGCAUUUCCCCCUGGUGGCGCCCGAGCCGUUUUACGACAUCCGCUGCGGCGCCGCAGGGCACAGGCACGUCGCGCUCAUGACACGCGAGGGGAACUUGAUCACGUUUGGCGACAACCGCCACGGACAGACGGCUGCCCCGCGGCAAGACCGCCCGCAGCGGCCGCGGCAACACGAAGCGGAGGCGCAGAAUGCCCACAGUAGGACGCUGGGCGGGAAAUCGCAGGUGUCAGACCCGGGAUGGGCGCCGUUGUACAUUGACCUUAACGGGGCGUUCAGCUCGGGUCGGCAGUCCGUUUCCUGCGGGUCCAAUUACACACUUGUCUACCAGCCUGGUGGUCGACGCGUCAUUGCGUUCGGCAAUAACCACGUGGGACAACUUGGUGUUGGGCACAAAAGCCAGAUUGAUGGUGAAAAGGGGUUUGCGGCAUGGAACCCCACCGAUACUUGGUGGGGUGAUGGCGGGGGUCUUAUUCGUGGCAUUGUCUGCGGAUUUAACCACACGGUGUUGCAGCUCACGUGUGGGUCGUUGCUUUCGUUUGGUAGCAACACCUGGGGGGAGCUUGGAAUCGGCUCCACGGUCUCUCCCAUGCAGCCCACACGCCUCCGAUACUUUGAGAGUAAGGGGAUAGAGAUUGCCAAGGUGGCGGCGGGGAAUAGUUUUUCGCUCUUUUUAAGCAGCGAGGGGCGGGUGUACGGCUGCGGCGCGACAAACGCCGGACAGCUGCCGCCCAACGAGUUUGAGCCGGUUCCCGUGCCUCUCACGCGAAGCUUUCAGCACGGCGCCCACAGCGGUGGCGCCAAGCUGAUUCGGAUUAAAGACAUUGCCUGCGUGGGAUCCAUGGCCGUCUUUCUCAGCUCUAAGAAUGAGCUCUUGGUGCAGGGCGCCUUGCCGGAUUAUGGUUUUCAGAUCUCCGCGCCGCGUUUUGAAAUGGUCAACCAGCAGCCCGCCCUCGAUUACUUCCGCUCCCGGCUCCCCACGGCGGUGGCGGCGCCGUGGGGCGAUGGCGGCUUUGACGUCGACCGGCUUGUGCAGGGCCCCUCGACGCUGUUGGUUAUUUACCGCAACGGCUGCGUGGCCGGCCUCGGCGCCAACACGGAGGGCCAGCUGCAAAGCAUCCGGAAGUCGUGGAAGGGAAAGGAGGUCAACCUCGCCAGGGCCUUCGCCGCGGAUGAGCUGUUUCCCGUGCUUGUGCCCGCCAAAGCACCCGCGGGGGAGGAGGGAGGAGGCGCCGCCCCGUGGCUGACGUCCGGGUCCGGCUUCACGCUUCUCUUCGACAAUGACGAGGUCUACGCCGCGGGGGAGGAGGCGAGGCCCAUCGAGCUGCCGCCGCCCUCCGCCGCCAAGCGCGAGAAACGGGCGCCACGCUGA